GAACCGUACCCGACAUAAAAAAAAAGCCAAUGAAAAAGGAGGUUUGCAUUGUAUUGACUUAUGAUCUUCUCUCUUCUUCUCCCUUUCUUCUUCCUCCGAACCGCUUUCUUUCUUAACCAUUAAGCUAAAUUUCAACUUCAACUCAAAAGAAAAUACAAAAUAAACAAAUGAAUUUCGAAACUCUUCAUUCUAUCUUAGCAAAAUCACUCACCAUUAUUGCCUGGCCUCCAUUUAGUUUGCUUUGUCCCUUAUACGCUUCUUUUCGGGCGUUGGAGAGUGAUUGCCGUUCCAGUAAUCAGCGAUGUCUUACUUUUUGGGUUCUCUUUUCUUUCUCUAUGAUCAUGGAGUGUGAAUUUCCACUCUUAUUUAACUGGCUCCAAUGGUGGCCUCAUGUGAAAGGCGUGAUAACUAUCCUGUUGUUAAUACCUUAUUUUGGUGCUGCGCCGUACAUCUACAGGCUCUUAGUUAAAUAUUACUGUACGCGGAACAUAUUUGAAUGGACGAUGAACAUCUUCAAUCUGAAAAUCACACAAUUUGAAUUAGACGAGGACAGAAAAAAGCAUUUAGAAUUGGAUGCGGACAGAAGAAUAUUUUUUGAAUCGGUCGAUGAUAGUGAAAGUGUCGAGAUCUCUGGUCAGACAAUUAUCACAAAUCAUUUACAAGAGAAGAAACUCUUAAUAUAUCAGGGAAGAGAUGGUCUUGUUGGUUGUGAAAACACAAAAAGUGGUUGCACGAGCCAAAAGAAAGUCCAGAAGGAAUGGAGCUGUGCUUUAUGUCAAAUUAAUACUACAAGUGAAAACUGCUUAAGGUCACAUCUUCAAGGGAAGCAACACAAGACUAAGGAAAAAGAGCUUCGAGUCGAGUUACAUGCAACAGAUAUACCGUACGUUAUAUCCUUUAAGCAGGAAAGAAUCAAAGGAAUGGUUCUACUUAGGAAUCUCAACAAAAUCGCAAACAUUCUGAAUCCAGUUUCCAGAUCCAUAGUAUGGUGUGAAUGGAAAAAGCCGGGAUUCGGAUGGACAAAACUGAACACCGACGGUUCUGUAAAUAAAGAAACUGCUGGUUUUGGUGGUCUGCUUCGUGAUUACCGGGGCGAACCAAUCUGUGCAUUUGUCUCGAAAGCUCCUCAAGGAGAUACUUUCUUGGUUGAACUUUGGGCUAUAUGGAGAGGCCUUGUUCUCUCUAUCGGUCUUGGGAUUAAAUCAAUAUGGGUGGAAUCCGAUUCCAUGAGUGUUGUGAAUACAAUCAAUAGAAUCCAACAUUGUCCAAAGGCUGGAACCUGUUUGAAACAGAUCUGGAAACUCUUGAGUAAGUUUGACGAGUAUCGGAUUUCUCACUCAUGGCGCGAAACUAAUAGAGCUGCAGAUCAUCUUGCGAAGAUGGCUCUUUGUGGAAACGAUGUGGUUUUGUGGCCAGUUGAUUUUUCAGAUAGCCUUUGUAAUAUCAUUCAAGAAGAUGCUAGAGGAACGAAAUAUCUGAGGCGGUGAUUCGAACAUCCGAGUCUUUGAGUUGAGUUUGUGGUUGCUGUCUAUAUGGGUUGGUGGAGAAGGUAAGAUUCAAAUCGAUGCUGGAGAAAACUGCAGGUAGAAAUUGAUCCUAUAGCUUGCAGUUAGUAGUCAAGCAGACAUGUUCAUUUAGAAUUAUUGUAGAAGUAUAGUUUGCAAUGUAAUUAAUUAUACAUGACAUAUGUGUUGAAACUUCAUGCUUCUAAGUGUAUCUAUUAUGUUUCUAAUUC